AUGCUUCUUCAAGUAUACAGUACGUGUCUUGAUCCUCAAAAGGGCUGGUACGUCCUGAAUUCUGAUAUCUGCGGUUCAGAAGUUCGCAAAUUCAGCGACAAUGUUUUCUUCCGACGAUUUCCGGACGAAAUACACAAAGUGCCAUUCCGCGAACUCCGCGACGAGAGUGGAAAUGCUCUUGACCCGAACUUGUUUGGAGUCAAGUAUCAAAAAUGUAGCGUUGUUGUGGCUUCCACUUUAGGCCUUUGCGGCGCACUUCUUCGCCAACGUGAGUUAAACGACCAGAGCUACUUAUCAAGCGACUCGUUUAAAAGAAUUGCUGCUACCAUCAACGAUCACUGUGCCAUCACUGGCCUCCCAAGAAAUGGCACGAGUUCCACUGUUACAGCCCUUCAAAAGGAACUUGAGGAAGCAAAGGGGAAGAUCAGGGAUCUCCAAAGUAUUAUUGCCGACAAGAGUCCUGCAUUCAACCUUUCUACGGACGAAAAAUCGGCUGCGCCACCAAAACAAAAGAAAACAAGGCUUAGCAAAAAAAGCGCGGGAAAAGUUCUUCGUUCGAUGGAAGAUGUCUGUAGUAGGCACAAAGCUUCCGUGGCAUCCGUUCUUGGUCACCUGUGCACCCACGAUCCCCAACAACAGCCAAGUGAAGCUCGUGACAUAAUUUCUGAGAUUGUUACCUCUGUAACCGUGAAAAAAGGAGUGAAGAGAGGGCUCCAAACGCUUGUCCCUGAUGUUUUGCAGCAAUACAUGCAACAAUUCCGUGUCCCUGACUGGGUGCUUCUUUAUUUCAAACUUGAAGCCAAAGUUCCGGAUGAAGGAUGGCAGACAAUGAUAAAUCUGACGAAACUGGGAAGAACAGGGGUAAGCUAGAGUGAAUUGAUUAUUUUGCUACCAAAUCUAUUCUUUGUAAUUUAUAAGGGGGAUGGGGUGGGGGCUGGAUCAGAUAUAAAAUGUUUGGAAUAGACUUAAUGACUCUGUGUUAUAACCAUUCCCAAAGGAUUCCAGUGAUAAGGUAUUAUUACCGGCAUUUUAAUAAGGGUGGGAUGGAUUUCGCUGAAUAUACUGAAGAUUAGUUAUACCUUAUUCUAUUUUUAGUUAUGAGGUAAUUAUAGUUACAUGUAUAUCUGAGUAAUUUUGCUAAAAGGUGGACCCGCUUGGCUUUCCCUCAAGCCAGGGAGCAUGGCACCUUUCUAGGCGUCAGCAGGGAGCCCAGGUCCAGACUUAUCUGUGGCUGGGUGGCUUUCUUGUUUUGUGUCAAAACCAGGGGGGUAGGGAGGGGAGAUUUUGUCACUUUGAUUAUAGUUUCAAGUCAGAAAGCAGUGCAGCCAAAUUAAUGCUGUGACUUAUAAUCAUAACACUACUAACAGAGCUUGGGGGAAGUUAUUGACUAGUCAUAAGCUUCAUGGGUGGGAAGGGUGAUUAGUUGCUCCUUGGACUUGGCUGUCUAGGGACUCAGUACAGGCACCUUGUAAGAAAUUCACACAGAUAUAUAUUUUUAGUUUAAGUUAAUCAUUAUAAUGAUUAUAAUGUUAUUGUUACUUCAAGUCUUUUCGCACAUGUGUACAUACCUACAUCAUUGAUCAUUGCAUACAUAAAUAUAUGUACUUUAUUGAAUAAAGUGUUCCUCCCCCCCCCCCCACCCCCUCCCCCAUCUAACUGCUCCCCAACAGCAUUUUUUAAAGGAUGAUUCUAAAACAACAAAAACUUUUUGGGUGAGACAAUAAACAAAUUGUAUGUUUUAUUGACAGAAAGAUAAUGAUGCUAACAUUUUGCUCAACAAGAAUCAAAUCAAGGCAGUUCGCAGAAUGAUAUUCACCAUAGUGAAGAAAACCCUCGGUCUUUGCGAAACCCCUAAACCUUUAAAAGGAAGACAGGUUGACCUGAAGAACGUUCUGGCAUGGAUGAUUCGAGAGCAGCGGCUGCAUGGUUUAGACAAUGAUGAGGUGGAUACCAAUCUCAAGCUUGAUGGCAGACCAUUUUGGGGUAAUUAUCAGUAGCCUAAAUUUUCAACACCUCUGUUAAUUUGAUUUCAUUGGAGUAAGGUGGGUCCUUCCUUCACUAUUUUUUGUUUUGGUUUUAUUUUUGGGUAUGUGCAUUUGUGUAAUAUUUGACAAAUUGUAUAAUUAAAUUACCUGAUUAAGGGAACUUCAACAUUAACUUUGUUUCAGGAAAAUCUCAAGUAUUGGCUGGUCUUACGCCAAUUGACACCCCUUUCACAUCAAGCCAAAGCUGCAAAGCAGUCUAUCCUCUCGCAAUAGCCAACUGUACAGAAACAAGGUCUGUGUCUAUAAAAUAUAGCAUUUACAAAGGAAAAAUAUGGCAGUUAAAAAAUAGGUCAUAAUUAAAUUAUUGAUGAUACAUUACCCUGCAGUUUUCUUACAGGAAUAAUAAUAAUAAUAAUAACAAUAACAACAAUAACAAUAAUGCAGAGAUAAAAAUUAUUCCUGCCAUUGCUGUGUUCCUUUUUAUUAGUCAUGGGUAGUUUCAGUAUCUUUAUAGAAUUAAUUUGUGCAAAAGUCUUAUUUUCUUUUACUUAUUUAUUAAGAAAUUCAAUUAAUACUAUUGUUGUCAGUUACAAUGUAUAUCAAUCAGUCUGAAAAGCCCAGAUUCCAUUAUGCACUCAGCGAUAAUAUUAAUAAAUUUUUGUCUUCCUUUUUAUUUUCCCUGACUAAAUAAUAACCCUGACUAUGAAUCAUUUUUAAUAUUAAUUUUAAAAAUCAUUGUUAACAUUUUUAAAAUAAUUAAGAAUGAAUCAAAGUUGGGGGAUUUUUUGUGAUGAACGUCACAAGAAAAAAAAAAAACAUUGAAAGCAUAGUUGGAUCCAAGUGUUCAGUACCUCUAAACUAUCAUGAUUAUAUAUAACAGUUAAGGAGUUCUGCAAGGAAUAAUUUGUCACCAUUUCCUCAGGAGAAACCUGGAAUUGCUACUGAGAGACCUCACUGCACAAAAAAAGCACAUUGAAAAACAUGGCCUAACAGUUGAUGGCAAGCACUACAAAAUUAAAUUUACGGGUGUGUAUCCUCUUAUUCUAUUUCACCACUAUCUCUGUCACCAGAUUUCCUCAAGAGAGUUGUAAUGGAAUAUUCCUGUUAAUAUCAACAUCCAUAUGUGGUACAAUAGAAACCACACUCUACGGGUUUUCACUAGCUACCAAAAUUAAGGACUCAUGGAGCAACAGUUCUAAUUAUUACUUCAUUUUCAUUUAAUUACCUUUCUAGAAAAUAAAUACUUUAUGAUUGUAAUUCAUGGGUCCUGCGUAAAAUAUGUGUAUUUAAAUAAUAUGGCUUUUAGUACUUAUGUUCAACCUGUUUUACCCUUUUACUACUGUAAAGAUUGUUUUCAUCACAGUUAGUCAACAAAGCUUCAACUGCAUGACUGAUGAUAUUUAAGACUUUUCAUCAUGAUGCUCUUAAGACAGUGUAACUCAUGCAGUUACCUUCAUCUAAUCUGUAAAUGGCUUGUUUUAGUAUCAUAUGAUAAGGGACUGCUCUUUUAACAACAGUUACAGCUGACUACAAAGCUCUUUUGCUCUGCACACAAAGAAAAACUGGUGAGGAAGUCAAGUUGGGCGGGCAUGGAAAAGGAGUAGAAGCCUGCCUUUUUUGUACAGCAAUCCGGGUGAGUUUAGUAGUAAAGAAAUUCAAGAAUAACCAACAGCUGUAUUUGCAAUGGUUUAUUUUUACCUUUUAUGAUUAAUUUGUCUUUAUUUUCCCUUUCUGUCUAAUGGCAUAAAGGGGGUAUGAUGCUUGGGGAUUAUACAAAUAAUUUUAAAUAUAAAUAAUAAUAUUAUUUUCUUAAGUACAAGCUGGGCAUGGUUGAAUAUGGAUAACAAAGGUGUGUUUCACUUUGUUAGGACAGAACUAAAACAAAGUCAGUCGUAGUAAUAGGCUGAGAAUAAUGAUACAUACCAUAUAACGAUAAUAUAAUAAUACAAUCUGAUUGUUUUUGUCAGGGUUGCAACUGCAAGGGGGUUCCUGCAAAUGAAACGUGUGCUGAGUGCUUUUUAAAGGCCAAGGGGAACAUUGGAAAGUAAGAUAUGACUUGAUAUAAAUAUUAUAAUCAAAUAAACUAUUUUGUAUGGAUUUUGGAUUUUAAUAAAGUAUAUAUAACACUUUUUUCUUUCACAAUAGACUCCAUGCAAAAAUGGGCAUUACUUUGAUAUUCUUCUUUUGCUAUUUAAAUCAGCCUCACUAACCUUGCUUCAGAUAAGAUAUUACUUGGAAUUUUAAACUUGAAAACGAGGUAAGUGAGGCUGAUUUUAAUUAUAUCAACAAUUAUUAUAUAUUAUUUAGCAUACUAAUACAACAGGUAUCAUUAUUAAUUUUUAUCACCUUGUCAAUGUAGGUGGACGGGUGUGAGAGAUGAUCUGUUAAUCUUCUUCGAUGUUGAAGUUUCUGAUGUUAAUCUCUGUGCCCUCCACUGUGAGCUUAGAAACACAGAGCAACUUCUUGCAUCCCUGGGCCUCACUGCACACAGAUGUGGAUCACUAAAGGAAUGCAACCUCGUGUUGUCCGAAUAUGGGCCAGAAACAAUGGUUAAAGAUCGCAUCGUUGUAAAGCUGAAGGAAGGCCAACAAACAGAUGUAGACAAACACAACAUCAAAGUUAGAUCAUUUUCAGGUACCUGAGUGAUGUAUUUUUUAAGUUUAACAUGUGGCAUAAUGUUAUGAUGCAUCUUUUUCAUUAUCGAUAAUAAUUACUUUUUAUUUUUACAAUUCAAAUCAUUUGUGACAUGGGCUGAGUCCUUAUUCACUUGAAUGUUCUGAUCAUGGUUUUUAACACAGGGCCUGAAUGGCCAAAAUGCAAUACAAAUGUAAAAAAAAAAAAGAAGUGCGCAACAUAUGUGCAUAACACAAAAUGUGCAUAACACAAAAUAUGAAGGAAAGAAUUCGGAAAAGAAUAAAUUGUUGCUGUUGGGUUUUUAGUAAAAAAGGACUUAAAGUACCCAAGGUAUAGGAAAGACAUGUGGCCUACAGUGGGGGGUAGAAUUAUAACAAAGAACCCUGCAUAAUCAGUAAACAGAUGCAAGUGCCAGUAAGUUCCAGCAUACUUCCCCAUAUUUUCUUUAAACCAAAUCUUUAUUAUUAGCAGAAACAUCCAUAAGGCAGCCAGUAGCAUUAGAGUCACAAUUGGGUGUCCACUCAUACAGGUUUCAAUAAAGUAUAUACUGUAGAGUUACAGUUACAUAAUUAUAUACAGACGGCUGUUUAGUCUUCCUUAUUUAUGCUAUAAAUAUUUAACUUCAACAGUAAUGCUAUAACAAGAAUUAAUGUGACUUUACAGACUAAUGGAUUUUUACCUAAUUUUAUUUGCAGGCAACACUGAACAGGCUUUCUUGAACAACUAUGAAGACAUAGUGGAUUCUUCCUUGCCAGUUCAAAAGGUCAUGAAUCUUUUUCCAGACAAGGAAGCUGCUGAGGAUUCUGUUCUUGCUAAAAUAUCUUACUGUGAAGAAAGAACAGAGGUUUGUUUAACUUCAUUCUACUGUGAUAUAUAUUAUCUUAUACACUGAAUAUUGUCAAUGAGGGGCACUUUUCAUGUUCACAUGUAUAUUAUAUAAUCACCACAAUCAGGAAAUAUUAGAGUACAACUAAAUAGUGAAGUAUGACCUUCAUUAAGGCAAUAAUAAUGAAAGUAAGUCAUAGAAUGUUGUCCCAGAUUAGUUACAGCUACAAUACACUGACAAUCAGUCUUUUAAUGUUAACUGUUUCUUGCUAUUAGUAUUACAGAAACCUACUUGAGAGUGGUGAAUUUCAACGGGACAAUGGAGCAGAGGGCUUGGAAACUGUUGCUAUUGCUGGCACAGGUGGGGAAAGACUUCAUAUAUUUACCCUGCAAUUGGCAAAAUAGAAAGCACAAUAUUUAGCUGAAUCUGGCAUUACGACCUGUAUACACUUUCAACAUUCCAGUUUAAUUAAAAAAAAGCCAUGUUAGAAAUGAUUUUCCAUUCAAGGCCCAGUUGUCUGCAUUCUGGUUAGCAUUAAACUACAGUAGGUUUCUUUAUCUUUUUAUCAAAAGCGCUCUCUCGGGUAAAUUUCUUUAUUCUUUUUAGAGUAUCCAAUCAUCAAUUGUAGGCAAAGAGUAUUAAACUCUAAUAUUCAAAUUUUGCAGUAACCCCGAGUUAUCUUAACCUGGCUUCAAACAACCUGGCCCAAAAGUCAUCAGCUAUCUGGCCUACAGCUGCAUAGCUUAUGAUGAAAGAAAUUUAGUGCUUUGUUAUUUUCAGUCUGCCUCAUUUACCUUUUGGUAAAUUAAUGUUAGUUUUUUUCUAUAGAUCUUGAAGAAUAUUUUUCUAUAGAUCUUGAAGAAUAAAAAAAAAAGAAAUUCUGGGAACAAUGCUCUAAAGACCUAGAGGACAAGUACACUAACGCUGAACAAGCUGACAACGCACUUGCAUUGCGCCAAUACGCUGCAGAACUGGAAAUUUUAAGAUACAAAGAGGUUUGAAACAGUUCACUAUAAAUUAUAAUCUAUUUAAUUUAGUAGUUCACAUGAAUGUGGCCUAGUAUAUUGGUAACAUCCAUAUAGUAUUAUCGGCCUGCAGCAAUGAUAUGAAGCAAUCUUAAUUUAGUUAUAAAAAUGUUGAUUUUGUUAUUGUGCACUUCAGGUGUUCUCUCAGUGGAAAGAUAUUGCUUCAGUUAUACGCCACAGAGUGUUUAAGGAUGAUGAAGAUUAUGAAAUUGAUAAAUAUGAUAUCCAGGUAACAACUUAGUCACUAUUGAAUUUAUAGUAAUUUAUAAUUUAUAGUAUUAUGUAACUUGACUUAAAUGCCUGUAAUGUUUAACACCUGAGUGCUUUUAUUUCAUCCCAAACAGUGCAAAGAGUGGGGAUUUCUUUGUCGUGAACUAUUUGGCCUAGGACUUGGUACAGGUGACUAUGGGCAUAUGACCAUUGAACACAGUCCAAUGCUCAUGCGUCGCUUCAAGUCAAUGGCACGAUACUCAAACCAAGGUUUUGAAGCAGCACACAAAGUUCACAGGCAGCUGUAUGCUCAUUGCACAAAUCAUGAUUCAACGGCAUCUGAGUCAUCAAGUGAGUGGAUUUAGAAGUCUAUAAAACAAACUUGGAGCAUGUGGAAUAUGGCCUUAAGUCACUAUAUGGAUUUGAAUAGAGCCGAAUUACUUAACAGGAAGUCUCUCAGACCUUUUCCAAGCACACCUGUAAUAUUGCUACAAUAUCUCUGCGAUUUUAUUACCCGUACAUUUGUUAAAUACUGACUGCUGAGUUAAUGCCAACAAAAGAUUGGUAAAUCAUAGUUCUGUUUGAACAAACUGCAUAUUCUAUAUAUAAACCAUUUUAAUUACUAGUAAUAAAUACAGUGUAAAUAACCUUUUCCUGAAUAAAACAGAUCUUUGAAGACAAAAACAGCACCAUUCAAAAAUUAUUCUACCUUCAUAACAUUACUACAUACAAUACAAUACAAAUUCUAUAAUAACCUCUAUAUUUCUUUCAAUAUUUUAGUUGAGCAGAUGUUCCUCCAUCACUAUUCAACAAAGCUGUUGUAUCUCCGACUAUGCUUUCAGCAGGCAAAAAAGUGCUCUGGUUCAUCAGGUGAAUUUACAAAGCCAGAAUAAUGUUCUAAAUUUAAAAACAAAAUACAGAGGUGAUGUAUAUAUAAUACUUUGCAAUACAAUAAUUAACAUGUAAAAUUUUCAUUCUAAUAUUAUUAUAAAAAGCAAACCUACGAUUUUAUGUACGAUACUCUACUUGCAAAUUAACCUCUUGCAUGUUCACACUAGUAAUCCAUUUUAAUUACCUUUCAAUUAGGAAAGAGCUUCUUCUUUCGUGGUUGUGGCUGGCCCUCUACUAAACCAAAGCCAGAAUGGUCCAUUGAGGAUAAAGCUUGGAUAGCAACAGUUAACAAGCUAAUGGACAACCUAUUUGGCAAAGACUACCUUGGUUAUCACUAUGACAAAAGCAAGGUCUGCUUUGUUAAUGAAGAGGACUUACCCGAUUUCGAGUACAACCAUGAUGAAUGGGAAGAUAGAUACUACCAAACCCUGAAUUGCACUCCACUGUCUCCUCGAUCCCCUUAGCAAAGAGAGGCAAGAAAGGUGAAGAGUCACAGGCAGAGCAGAAGUUCAAACCUGCAAAAAAGAUGCCUUUUCCCUGCUCCCAAAGCAAAUUCUUGUCCACUGCCAUCUGCAGUGAGUGCAAAACAGCAGUCCCAACCAACCCAGCAAAUUCAAAGCCCUGUCAGCAUACCAAAAUCACUAAAACCUGUGCAAGAACCUCUGAAGUUAUGCAUGUCACAAACUGCAACAAGGCAAGAGUUGUCACAGAUUAAACUGCCUCCAGUUACAAAUAUAAUCCGUGAGACAGAAGUUGUGCCUAUUUUUGGUAACUUUCAAGAGGACAAUCCUUACUCACUUAAGAGUCGUCCUUCUGAACACAUAAUGACAAUAGCACACAAGAUCAUUAGCACCUGCUCUGCACAGUUGAUAGACGGAAAUACCAUCCAGUUAGAUGAUGAGGAUGAUCCAAGUGGAGUCAAAAUUGGUACACUGGGAAACUUCGAUACUACUGGCAUUGACAUCCUUUUGAGAUACUGCUCCAUUGCAAAAAUGCAACACAACUUUAGAGAUGAAAUGGCAUGGCUCCAUUUCAACCCUGACAAGUUUAGUCUUGGAGAAACUGAAAUCAAAUACCUCUGCACCUUUUUUGAAAGCAGUCCCCAUGACCCAUUGCGUGUGGUAACUUCCCUUGAUGGAAUUAAUGUUGAUUUCAAAUCAGUCUCUACAUUGGUUGGUGAGCGUUACAUUGACAACUUUAUUAUUGAUUAUUGCUUGAAGAAGUCAUUAAUCAGUAGUCAGAAACAAACAAAGAGUACUAGUUCAAUUCUGUGUUUGCCAGCUGAAGCCUUGUCAUGGUUGGAAAAUCAAGAUUUGGACCCUAUCAAAACUGUCAUUCAAAAGGACCUCCACCAUCCAAAUGAACUUAAACUUAUCCUAAUGCCAGUACACAUGGAAGACAAACAUCACUGGGGCCUUGUCUGUGUUGACCUUGACAUGGUGGCUAUAUGGUAUGAUGAUGGACUCAAAGUUGCCCCACCAGAAAAUCUCUGUAACUCUGUGGGUACUUUGGUCAAGCUUUUGAGAGACAUGUUCCCAUCAGUUGCUGACAGAAUGGCACUUACCGGUAAUCACUUUUCCACACAGCAGUAUAGGCGAAUAGGCAUGCCUCUGCAGAGACUUGAUGGUAAGACAGCUGGUGGUGGAAGCUGUGGGAUGGGAGUUAUAUUACUAGGUCAAGAUAUCAUCGUUGAAGAGAGAGUGCCCCCUAGUCGAAUCAUGUGGACCUUUGAAGAAUCCAACUACUACAGGAAGAAACUGAUGCUGUAUAUGCUGACAUGA